CGGGGCUGGAGCAAACCCUGGCUUAGCGGCUGCAGCCAGCCAGCCUGCCCAGGAGCGCGGGGACCAGCGCGCGGCGCGGCGACCGGCACGAUGGCCUCGUCUCAGGGGAAGAACGAGCUGAAAUUCGCCGACUGGAUGGCAACUCUGCCCGAGAGCAUCCACAGCAUCCCCCUCACCAAUUUAGCCAUCCCAGGAUCUCAUGAUUCCUUCAGUUUCUACAUUGAUGAAGCCUCUCCAGUAGGGCCUGAACAGCCAGAAACUGUCCAGAAUUUUGUCUCUGUGUUUGGAACUGUGGCCAAAAAGCUGAUGCGGAAAUGGUUAGCCACUCAAACGAUGAACUUUACUGGUCAGCUAGGAGCCGGGAUUCGUUAUUUUGAUCUUCGAAUUUCCACUAAGCCCAGAGACCCCGACAAUGAGCUCUACUUUGCUCAUGGUUUGUUCAGUGCCAAGGUCAACGAAGGCCUUGAGGAGAUCAAUGCGUUUCUCACAGAUCACCGUAAGGAGGUUGUAUUCUUGGACUUCAACCACUUUUAUGGGAUGCAGAAAUACCACCAUGAAAAACUGGUGCAAAUGCUGAAAGAUAUCUAUGGAAAUAAAAUGUGCCCAGCAAUUUUUGCCCAGGAAGUUAGUCUAAAGUACCUCUGGGAGAAGGACUACCAAGUCUUGGUCUUCUACCACAGUCCAGUGGCUCUGGAAGUGCCCUUUCUCUGGCCCGGGCAGAUGAUGCCAGCACCCUGGGCCAACACCACAGACCCGGAAAAACUGAUCCAGUUUCUUCAGGCAUCUAUCACUGAGAGAAGAAAGAAGGGUUCGUUUUUUAUAUCUCAGGUGGUGCUGACCCCCAAAGCCAGCACUGUGGUCAAAGGGGUGGCCAGUGGCCUCAGAGAAACCAUCACAGAAAGAGCGCUGCCAGCCAUGAUGCAGUGGGUCCGCACGCAGAAACCAGGAGAGAGCGGCAUCAAUAUUGUCACUGCUGAUUUUGUAGAACUUGGUGAUUUCAUCAGCACUGUCAUAAAGCUCAACUAUGUCUUUGAUGAAGGAGAAGCCAACACUUGAUAGUGCCAUUUGGAGUGUCCACGCAUAAGACAGAGAAGACUCAUCGUGUUAGGCAUUUUAUCUAUAACCACUCUGAUCUUCCUAUUCCACUGAGUUUCUGAAGGGAUUAGGGCUGGUAGUGGGUGGGAAAAGGGGGAAGCCAUUUCUUCAGUGAUUAUAAUCAUAUUCUGCAUUACUAUAAAUAUUUCAUUUCUCAUUUGAUGAGCAAAAUUUAGUGUUAGGGAUAAAAAGACCAGUGAAUUUUGCUUUUCAAAAUUAGUCUUUGUAUCGUAAUACUUAUGAGUGUUUACUUGAUUGCGUUUCUGGUUUCAGCCUAAGGCACCUACACUGUCUGUAUUCUCUCGCUGAAUCUUUCUGCUCCCUCUAGUGCACUCUUUUUAGUCAGCUGCUGUGUGAGACUCCAAGCAAUUGAAUGCCCAACAUAACAUGUAUUACAUUGUUGUACUGAAUUUGUUUUGUGGGACUUGGUAAAUAUUCUGUAGUCAUCUGCAAUUGGACAAUCAUCACUAACUUUUGAUCAUGGAAAAUAUGCAUCCAAUCAGUUUCCCUGCAUCAGUAAUAUUGGAGACCAUAAUCAGUGAUUUUUUGUGUGUGAAAUAAUAGUGUUUCACAGUAUUUCUAUUUCAGGCAGCUAUAUGUAUAGAGUUAAAAAAAUUUUGGAAAAACUAUUUGUGCCAACUCCAUAGUGAAAAAUAGGGGGAGGGGACAUGAAUGCCAUUUUAAUUAAGGGAUAACUUAAAUAGAAUUGCCCUGCAAAUGUCCAAUAAAUAACAGUUGUGACAAGUGUGUUAAAAUCAGAAAACUCUGAAAAGAACUUUUACAAUUCAAUUCUCUCUGAAUGAUUUUCUUGAUUUGCUUUUUUUUUUUUAAGAAGAAAAAAAAGAAAUGAAUUAGUGUAUAUGUUUUUCUAACCAAUCGGAAUCCAAAUAUGCCAUCUUAGGUCCAAGAAUUUGAGGAAGAUAUUUCAAGAAACUUUGAUUUGAGUUUUCUAUGUGAAGUUGAAGAAGGGUGGUAGAAAGCAUUACAGCAAUGUUUUUGAAACUGUGCCCAUGAAAUCUCAAAGAUCCACAAACUGUCUCUAGGAGAUUGCUAAAUAGCUAUGACCUGCGCAGACUUAUGAAAAUCGACACUGCCUCACCACUUUAGAGCUCCCUUCUCCCCAGGGUCCAGAAUGAGACAGCUGCAAACGUAUCACAGAGAGUGUCUGCAGGCCAACAUUUGAUAGUCCAAUUCUAUGGGGAAGAAAAAUGAUAAUGCAGCUUUGAGCAUUGCUUCCUUCUUGGCAUCUUUGUGAAAUGUGACAACUCUAAAAUAAUCUUGGAAGAGCACAAUAACCUUUACCUGUGUUUCUCAUAGCCAUUGUGAGGCAUUUCACAAAUAUGCUGAAAUUAUUACAAUCAUGAAUUAUUCGUCUUCAUGUUUAGAGAUAAUCAUGUCUCAGUAGUUUCCUGGGAAAAUAUGGUCCAUACAAAGUGGGGCCACAGCGAAACAGAAGCAUGCCCUCUGCUUUUAAUUCCUUUAAAUGUAGGAUAUUUGGUUUAAUCUCUUAGACCUAGAAAAGGGGGAGUUGAUUUCAAGAAUAUGUAGGUGAAGGCUGUAGAUAAUAAAGAGUUGAUUAAAAGAUUAUAAAUACUCAUUAUCAGAAAAUAGUAUUUAUUAACAACUGCACAAGGGAAUAGAAAUUGUUUAUACUGAAGAGAAUGUUUAUGAGAAGUGUGUUGGUGUGUGUGUAGAACAACAAGUAGCAUGCAUUUUACACAUGGAAGAUAUGUUCUUUCCAGUUGUGUGUCUAUGUCUUGCCUAACGCAAUAUAUACCCACUUCUGUGCAGGCAGACAAAUACACAUAACAAAAAUACAGACAUGGACAAAAUCACAACUCUUCUUUUUGCAAGAAAACAAUGAUAAUAUUAAAUAAUUUAAUCUUCAGACUAACUCUUAAAACUGCAUAAAAUGAGUGAUAAGACCUCUGAAAGUAGAGUAUCUGAUCAUAUGCAAAUAUUUUUGUAAAAAUAGUCUAGCUUGGGACUUAAUUAUUUACAUAUAUAUAGUUUUUGUUCCACUUUCCCUUCCCUGGCAGUUUUAUUGUUUUUCUCUUUCACCUGCAAUUGAAUAUGAAUCAUUUUUAAAAGACUGUAGUAUCGACAUUCAUGUCCUGUAAACUUGCUUUUGGGGCAGAUUUUCUCUCUGACUAUUCAUUGUUCAUGCCUCAGGAGCAUGUUUAGCCAAGCACACUUGCCAUGAUGCAAAGAUUUAACUUAUAAAUAUAGCAGAAAACAGAUCUUUCAACAUGUUGAUGAAGAAUGAAUAAGAUACAAUGGUAACUAUGUUGUAUUUUUUUUAACUUAGAUGCUUUCUUGUAAUGUUUGCUUAGAUUAGCUUUGUCAUUUGGGUGCUGGAAAAAACAAACACUGAAGCAUUAGCCUAAUCAUGCAGAUUCUUACCAGAGAGAGCUUUAAUUAUUAUUAAUAUUACGCACACAGAAAAGUUGUUUGACAAAAGGUAUUUCAAGUCAAUGAUAUGGUUCCCUGUAUACAUAUGAUGCCUAUGUAGCAGACUCUGAGGGUAAAUGGACUUGCCUUAAUUUCUAAAGAGCAAACAAGUAGAGUGAGCCAUGCCCCUCCAGCUAAAAGAAGAGCUCACAAGGAAUGAUUCUUUCAAAAGGGCAAUGGGGAGAAGGUGCCUUUGGUUGACUUCUGUCCAUUGGCCCUGCACUGGAGCACCCUCAGGGAGCAGGCUGGGGCUUAAAUAAAGAGGUGGGGGUGAGGAUGAGUGAUAGGCAGUCAGAAUUUACCCUCCAUCUCAGCUGAGCAUUGUCUUUCCAGAUAGCUCACAGCACAAGGGCUACAUAUAAGUCCCAAGAUAGUAGGAGUUACAUCUUGGAACACAUUUUUCUUUCUUGUUCUUUCCAACUCGAUGUCACAAGUCCUGCCAGGCAAACAAACAAACAGAGAUAAGAUCCAGUUUUCACCCAAUCUACAGCAGGAAAUCUGAAGAGUAGGUGAGAUGAGGAAAUUAUGCCCAGAGUACCAUUUUUUGGCUUGCUCUCUUGUUUGUCGUUCUGAAGAACCACAGUGAUGAAUCCUCCUGCCAUUAUUAUUUCUGUCUACCUGAUCACUAUACAGUCAUGUGAACGCACAGAAUGAGGAAGCAUCUUUUCAAAGCCUUAGGAUAUUUUAUAUGAUGACCUCAAUCUUCACUUUUAGCCAUAUUGGGAAAAUUCACUUUUCAUGGAGUGCCACCUAACAGUGAAUGUAUUAGAGCAUGAAGUGUUUGGCAUUUCAUGCCUGUGUAUGAACACACUUGCAAACACACACACACACACACACACUUGGCAUGCACAUCUCUCACACAUACAUUGUUCACAUGCUAACUGCACUCUAAUUAUCAAUCUGAUCUUAUUUAACUCAUAAACAGUAUCUCCAGCACUAGUAGGCAUAAGCAUAAUUCAAAUAAUUAAAUAUUUAAGAGAAAAAAAUCACUGGAAACCCAAUGAAAAAUGAGAUCCUUAUAAAUAAGAAAUGCCUAACAGUAAGAGUCCAACCACAUUGUCGAUGACACUUCAAACUGGAGAAGCAAAAUUGGGCUUGAAGAAAAAUUACAAGCAAAUACGCAUCUUCAUUUAAAGUUGCUUUAAGUUAUUUGAGGUUCUGAUAUCUUUUAGCCAAGGUUACCUGUUCAGGUUCUCCCCUGUUAGGAUUCCAGUCUGGAAAAUUGGAAGUCUCAGGAAAUGCAUGUUUUCGUGAAUUUUUCAGUGCUACUGCUUUAGCGAUCCAAUGACACAAAAUCUUCUAACCUUUGGUCGCUCAUUGAAAUGAGAGCCCCACAGGUAGAGUGCUCGCAUUUUGAAUUGUUAAUAGAAAAUCAUGCAGUGUCCCUCAGGAUAUGCUAAACAAGGUUUUUAAAAGUAUUUUAUUUUAUAGCACUUUAGUCUUUUCAACUAGAUUUCAGUGACACAAUGGUGUAAAUGCUGUAUUUGCCAUAACUUAUUGGUGGCCCCUGUGUUACAUAGUCAUUUAAAUAAUGCUCUUAGUUGUUCAUUUUCCUAAUGACAAUGAUAAAAUGUUCUGUAGAAUUUGUAAAAAUGUGUUGACUGUCUGUUGAAAUUGUGUAACUUUGAUUUCAUUUGUGAUACUAUUUUGUAGGUAUUUGUUCUAAAUGUAUAUUUCUAUGAGUCAGAAGUAUGUGCCUAUGUGGUGUGUGUGUGUGUAAGUAUAUUGUAUCUUACGAAAAUCAAACUUAUCCUAAAAAAGGGCACAUAAUGACCAGUCUUAAUACAUUGCCAUUUUUUUGUUGUUGCAACUUAAGAUUCAAAUUUCAAGAGAAAUUAAGUUUCUGUUAAACAUGAUCUUUUGAAAAUCAGAUGAGGAAUGUGCUUUACAACUAUUACCAUUAGCACGAGUCCUGCUUGUGGAGCAUCCUGUGCUUUUCAAAGGUUUCCAAUGCCAAUGAAUUAAUGAACUUCAUUUUCAUACCAAAAAAAAUUCCUAAAUUCACAUUGCUUUCCAACAUCCACAUGGUUGAUGUGCCACUAAAGCUGUCCUCCAAACAUGCAACUCAUCUUGCUUGUAAGGAAAGGUUUCCCAUGAAAUUUUGUUGGAUCUUCUCAGUUAAAAUGAACUUCUCUAAUGCUGGGAGAGUCACUAAAGCCCCAUCAACAUUAGAUGGUUCCAACAAGGUACUCAUCUCAAAAAACAAGCCUAUAGAAACUCUUUUACCCCUUUGCCUACAUUCAAUUCAAAUAUAGAAAAGUCAUGACUAAAUGAAGGAUCUGCAUAGGAUUGACAUGCUCAAAGCAAAAACUUUUUAAUCUUAUAAGGGUUUGGGAUCUGGGGAUGAAAUCUUAAUUGAUCUUAUUACCUCUCUAUCUUUAAUUAUUUAUUUUCCAAAUUUAGGGUUACCAGAUAAAACAGGAUAUCCAGUGAAAUAUGAAUUUCAGAUAAAUAAUAAAUUUUUAGUGUAUCUCCCAAAUAUUUCAUAGGGCACUGUAAUACUAAAAAUUUCUCAUUGUUUAUCUGAAAUUCAAAUUUCACUGAUUGUGUUUUUUUUCCCCCUGUAUAUCAUGCCUCUCGUUUGUUUAGGUGACUUACCAACAAAGGGCGAGAUCCUUCCUCCUUUCAUGAGUAAAAUAUUGGUCCAUGACAAAUCUACAAGUACUUUAUGAAGGACCAAUUCAAAUAUAGAUGGAAUAAUCAAGGAAAUAACUUAAUGCCACCACAUUCAAAUUUCUCUCCACUGCCUGUUGUGAGGUUCCAGAGUAUACUGCCCCCCACACUAAUCCCUUAGAAGAAAAAAUGUGCUUCACAAUUUCCCAGGGUUUCCAUGAGCAAUCCAGUUUGUGGAGCAUCCUAUGCUUUUCAAAAGUUUUCAAUGCCAAUCAAUUUAUGAACUUCAUUAGCCUACAAGUAAAUUAAAUUCACAUUCAAGGUGCAGAGUAACCUCUAGUAAUCAUUUGAGUAACAUUUCCCACUAAUUGGAACAAGAUAUGCUCAUACAUUAAAAAUGCCCCUGGAGAGUGGUAGCACCUUCUAAGAAAAUUCAAUUUCUUUUCUCUUUGAGAAGUAACAAAAUAAGAUUCUAUUCCCCUUAUUCACAGCUGACCACAAAUUAUUUUUGGUUACAUUGGUCAUCUGUGGAAUUGCAGAAAAGCUGACGUAGAAAGUCACUCUUGUUUGACAGAAAAAGGAGAAAGCAUUGUUAAGUCACAGGUCUGUGUGUCUCCUCUGGGAAUGAGUGGGACUGGGAGAGACAGGGGUAGAAUGUGGACCCUGACAAUGAAGCAAGGACCUGACAGACUUGCCAAAACCAGUUAUUAUAACCAGCAUUUUUUGGGAGAAACUGAAAGUCUAAGACAACCCAGAGUAAGAACAAUGAGCUCCUGUAAGGCCAGUUUCUAGAACAGUUUGCAGAAGACAGAGCUAUGGUGGAAUGCCUAAAAUAAAGUCUUCAAAUACUGUCACCUCCAACAGUGAAUCUUUGACACAGGCUGACUGUGGAUGGAGUUUGGGGACAUUUUUGGCACCUACAUCUUCUCUUGAAAUUCCUGUGUUAAGAAAAUCCAAAUCCCUUAAUAUAACAUUUUCAUUUCGUGGCCCCAUAUUCACAUAUUUGUGUUGAUUUGCUUCAUUUCCAAAGAUGAAAAUUUGCAGAACUGGUGACAUUUCCUUCAUUAAACACCAGAAAUUCACCAGAGGGAGACAGAUCUGUGCCUUCUCUUUUUAGGAUCUGGUCAUUGAUAUGUUAAUAAAUGUGAUGUAAACAAAAUAUAUGACUAUGGUUCUGUUUAGUAUAUGUGAAUUUUUUUGAUAAGAUUGUGUUCUUAAUGUAACAAAGUUUCUUUGUAUUCAGUGAAAUGCCUAAUAAAGUCUUGG